AUGUUUUGCAACAAACACUAUUUGCAACACCGAGAAAUGACAGAUAAACAAUUCGAUCGACUUAUAGAACAACAUGCGCUUUUUCAACAAGAUUUAAAUUCGACGCAAUACAAAACUCACUCUCACUUGAUACAAGAAAUCGAUGAAUGGCAACAAAAGAUGUUCGACGAGAUAGACAAAACAGUUAAGCGACAACAAAAUUUGACACAAAUACUGAAUAAAGAAAAAGAAAUAAAACGCAGAUUUACACUGAUAACACAUGAUUUACGUGUGAAACAAUCAACACGUGACUAUGAUGAAAGCGAUGUCCACGAAUGGAAACGACAUUUAGCACAAUUAGAAGUACAACUGAAACAACUGCAAACAUCAAACAUCAGCAAAAUUCAGUUGAAUUUAAACACAUCUAACGAUUUCACAAAAAUUAUCGAUCUAGUCAUCGAGAAUACUGAAUCUAUCUCUGCACCUCAUAGCCCACACGAACUGCUAUUCAGAGGUGGAGUAUUACUGAAUGACAAACAGCAUCAGCUAAAACUCAAUGAAUUUUCUGGUCGAGAAAAUCAACGCUGGACCUUGAUUUACCAAGGCACACGAGAUGGCUUUGCCGCACAAGAUUUCCAUCGUCACUGCGAUGGAAAAGGUCCAACGGUCACACUUCUUCAAUCUAAGGCAGGCGGUUAUCUCUUUGGCGCAUAUACUACCGUAUCUUGGAGUUCACAACGUGGCUACAGACAGGACUCACAAGCAUUUCUCUUUACACUCACCAACUUCCAAUCACAAAGUUCAUUUCUAACACCAACUGCAACAAACACGCAGUAUGUCAUAACCAGCACUACGGACGGACAUUCGGCAGCUCCACACGUUUACCACGCCAUCCUUUGA